UGUAAAUAAAGCUUUGGCAGAACGCGUGGGGGUGAUAUUUCUGGAAGGAGCGUCUGAUUCGCUGAAGUAACUCUAAAAGGCUCACUUUCCCGCACACGGAGUUGAAUUUAUUUUUGUAUCUAUAUUAAACGUUACGAGUGUCGAUUAAAUCUCCUCAAAAAAUAAUUUAAAAAACAUGGCAGAAAGCGACUGGGACACCGUAACUGUCUUGAGGAAGAAGGGGCCGACUGCUGCCCAGGCCAAAUCCAAGCAGGCGAUUACUGCUGCUCAGAGACGUGGGGAAGAUGUUGAGACAACCAAGAAAUGGACUGCUGGACAGAAUAAACAGCAUCUUGUGACAAAAAAUACGGCCAAACUGGACCGCGAGACAGAGGAGCUACACCAUGACAGGGUUCCCCUUGAGGUCGGUAAGGUCAUUCAACAAGGCAGACAGGAGAAGGGCUUGACCCAGAAAGACCUGGCCACUAAAAUUAAUGAAAAGCCCCAAGUCAUUGCAGACUAUGAGUGCGGGAGAGCAAUUCCUAACAACCAGGUCAUGGGCAAAAUCGAGAGAGCAAUCGGUCUGAAACUACGUGGGAGGGAUAUUGGCAAACCCCUCGAGGCAAAACCCAAGAAGAAAUGAACACAAAGCCUCGAAAUCAGCCCCCCCUUCCCCAUCUGUAACCUGAAUCCUUCCCCACACUACCUCCACGAACCCUGGAAAACUCUCACCUCUCCCCCAUCCCCUCCCCUACCUGGGCUGAUCUCACCUGCGUCCUGCCUGAGGACCUGGUGCUCCACUGAAAUCGCAGGCUGCAUACUAACAAGUCAUUGGAAACACUCUUUUGACCACAUUUAACGAAUGAUUGAAUGCUUUUUUUUUUUUUUUUUUUUUUUUUUUUUUUUUUUCUCCCAGCAUCACAAACUUGGAAGUUCCGUGAAUUUCUUUUCACCUACGUCUUGCUUAGGCUUUGGCAUGAUUAAAAUUGAACUUUUUGAUAGGGAUUGCAGAACUUUUCUGAGCAUGAUGUUAAACCAGAAGUGCUUGAUUUAAUCUUCACACUUUUCAGACAGUGGGUGGAUGUCAUUACAGUGCUGAAAUGUUAUAAUGCUGUUCUUUGUUUUGAUCUAAAAAUAAAGUUUGGCAGUUCAUAA